AUAGGCAGGUAUAAAAGAUUAUUAGUCGGCGUCUUUUAGAGAAUAAAAAUAUAACAGUUUUGAUUAAAAUUUAAAUUGAUAAAAUUUCAAUGACUUAAAAAAAUGCUGCGUCGUAUGAAAUUAAUUUUGUGUUUUUGCAUCAUUCUGUGUGCGAUAGGCAAUAAAGCUGACGACAAUCAAGUUUCAUUAACCAAACUUGGUACAAAAACAGGACCGACUUUAAAAUUCUUCUAUUGUUACUCUUGUGGGUAUAGAAAAGUUUUUGAAGAAUAUGUCAAUAUUCUUAAACAAAAGUAUCCAGAAUUACAAAUUAAUGGAGAAAAUUAUAUUCCUUCUCAUACUAAGAUGCUCAUUGCUAAAUUAUUAAGUUUUGUAAAAAUUUCACUGAUAGUUUUAAUAGUAAGUGGACUUGAUUUAGGACAGCCACCAGCAUCAUUGUGGCAAUGGUGUCUAGAUAAUCGAUUCUAUUCUUGUAUAAUGAUAUUUUUUAUUUUUAAUGCCAUAGAAGGACAUUUCAUAUCAUCAGGAGCUUUUGAAAUACAUUUUAAUGAUGUUCCUGUGUGGUCCAAAUUGGAAACUGGAAGAAUACCACAACCAUUUGAACUAUUUCAAAUAAUAGAUACUCAUUUGAGUAUGCAGUAUGCAGAUGUAGAUAUAGGAUAGAUUAAUAAUUUUAAUAAGAGAUCAAAUGGCAUUUAUUUGUACCAAAUGUUAAAUCACUGUGGUUAUGGAGCUUUCAUUAUUGCAACUCUGUAAUUGUUAAAAACAAUUAUUAUCAUUUCUAUGUCUUAUAUAUGUAUUUUAUUAUGAAUCUUGCUAUCUUCUCAAUUCAGUUGAGAUAAUACAUUCAAAACAGAGUUUGCAUAAAGAAAGCAGAAAUAAAACCUUUUAAUAUUGCUCAAAA